AUCUUUAUCUUCCACCAUGGCCGAACCACAAGCAAUGUAUGCGACCGAUGAGUACGGUCGUCCGUUCAUUAUCCUGCGCGAGCAGGGUAGGAAGACGAGGAGCCAUGGUGUAGAAGCCAUCAAGUCUCAUAUUCUUGCUGCGCGCACUGUCGCGAACAUCAUCCGUACAUCGCUUGGCCCCAGAGGCCUCGACAAGAUCCUCAUUUCACCCGACGGCGAGAUUACUGUCACAAAUGAUGGUGCAACUAUCCUUUCACAGAUGGAGGUGGAGCACCAGAUCGCGAAGCUGCUCGUGCAGCUGUCAAAAAGUCAGGACGAUGAGAUCGGAGAUGGUACUACGGGUGUAGUCGUCCUUGCUGGUGCGCUUUUGGAGCAGAGUGAAGAGCUUCUGGACCGAGGGAUCCACCCUAUCCGGAUUGCGGACGGUUUUGAUCGGGCGUGUAAAGUCGCUGUGGAGAACUUGGAUCGGAUAUCCGACCGCGUACCCUUCUCACAAAAUGAUACCUCAAAUCUGCUGAAAACUGCGAUGACAAGUCUGGGCAGCAAAAUCGUUUCGAAAGAGCACCAGCAAUUCGCAGAGAUCGCAGUUCAAGCCGUCAUGGCCGUCGCCGACCUCGAGCGGAAGGACGUCCCCUUCGACCUCAUCAAAGUCGACGGCAAGGUCGGAGGCUCGCUCGCCGACACGACGCUAAUCAAGGGCGUCCUCAUCGACAAGGACAUGUCGCACCCGCAAAUGCCGAGCACCGUGCGCGACGCGCGGCUCGCGAUCCUCACGUGCCCGUUUGAGCCCCCCCGCCCGAAGACGAAGCACAAGCUAGAUAUCACGAGCGUCGAGGAGUACAAGAAGUUGCGCGAGUACGAGAAGGAGAAGUUCGAGGACAUGAUCAAGCGCGUGAAGGACACGGGGGCGAACUUGGUCAUCUGUCAGUGGGGCUUUGACGAUGAGGCAAACCAUCUGCUCAUGCAGAACGACUUGCCUGCCGUGCGGUGGGUUGGUGGCCCAGAGAUCGAGUUGAUCGCCAUCGCCACCAACGGCCGUAUCGUCCCUCGCUUCGAGGACCUCACGGCGGAGAAACUCGGGCGCGCAGGUCUCAUCCGCGAGUUGACCUUUGGCACGACCCGCGACAAGAUGCUCGUGAUCGAAGAGUGCGCGAACGCGCGAACCGUCACUGUCUUUGUCCGGGGUAGCAACAAGAUGAUCGUGGACGAGGCAAAACGCGCGCUGCACGAUGCAAUCUGUGCUGUCCGCAACCUCGUGGUAGACAACCGCGUCGUCUACGGCGGCGGUGCGGCGGAUAUUAGCUGCUCGCUUGCCGUGGGUAAAGCUGCUGACGAAAUUCCGUCGAUUGAGCAGUACGCCAUGCGUGCCUUCGCGUCUGCGCUCGAUGCGAUCCCGCUCGCGCUUGCGGAGAAUAGCGGUUUGUCGCCGAUUGAGACCCUCGCGGAGGUGAAGUCGCGACAGGUUAAGGAGGGCGAUCCUACGCUCGGCAUCGACUGCUUGGGCAAGAACGAGAACGACAUGAGGAAGCAAAACGUGUACGACCCACUGAUCUCGAAAAGGCAGCAAUACCUGUUGGCGACGCAGCUUGUACGGGCGGUAUUGAAGAUCGACGAUGUCAUUGUGGCUGGGGAAGCCGACGCAGAGUAAUUCAAUGUAGAAUAGAAACGCGCAUUAUACUACUGUCCAUCUCCAGAUCUAGUGCUGGCUUUGGCCUUCAAGCUACGGAAGUGCUAUGCCUCCGGUUCUGCUCAUGUGGCUGCUGUCACUUAUACAAU